AUGGCUUCGUCAACGCCAGAAACCUCCCUAACUGACAUGGAAACUACCACGGCAGAAGAUUCCACCAAUACCCGUAGCGACGGCUGGUUCACAGCCUACUACCGCGGGCACAAGUUGAGAGCGAUUCCAACCGCUGAAGUGGAUCUCACCACCGGCAAUCCCCUACAGCCCAGCCCACCGAUACCCCGUCCACAGAAAAAACCUCAGCGCCUACCCCCGCUGCCGAGGGGAGAAUUCAAAGUCGUCAUGCGCCCGCGAGACGGCCUCAACCUCUCCAAUUGGAAACCGUACCAGGUUGCCCAACACAUCAGCACGGAGGCUAAGAUCACCAUCGAGGAACUACACGCUGCAACCAAACUCCAACUCAAUCACGACCGCAACAUCGUGAUAGUAAGCACGGCCCACAUAGAGGUCGUUCAAGCCAUCACCCAGAUCCACCACCUACGACUUGGCGGGAAGGACUACCCAACAUACACGUACGUGGCCUCCCCGGACAACUCCAUCAAAGGGGUAGUCCACGACAUCGAACCGGGGUCCAGCCCCGAAAAACUCCUCCAUCACCUAGAGGCCCCAGGAUACAGGAUCCUGCAUGCCCGUCUACUGGGCAACACUGGCACGGCCCUCGUCACGUUUGAGGGACGCAAAAUCCCCCCGUACGUCCAGUACCAGAGCGCGCUUCAGCGCUGCUUCCCCUACCGGCCCAUCAGACAGGUUUGCACUAAAUGUCUGGUGGCGGGGCAUCGGGCCGACGUCUGCCCCACGCCGCACAUAAAAAUAUGCCUCAAGUGUGCAGUACCCAACCCCCCAACCGACCAUGUGUGCGCCCCGAAGUGCACCCAGUGCCACGGCGACCAUCCCACCAAUGAUACAAGCUGUCCGCAGCGGUUUGCCAAACCCCGAGCAACUCAGCGCGUCAGCCGCCCAAAAACAAUCUGCCACACCCUUAAAGAGGUUACAGAUAACAUCCGCGCCCACAACCAAAAAUUCGACCAAAUCCAGGCCGACAUUCAUGACUUAAAAGAAGCCAACCGGGAUUUCUACACCACCCGCAAAAAUAGGAAACGCGCUGCUCUUGCGCAGCACAUUGCCCAUCAGAAAUUCCCUCCAGAAGUGCUUGCCCUGCAGGAAACUGGUAUCAUCCCCACCCUAGCAGGCUACCAAGCCUUUACCUCCCCAGACCAUCCGCAGGUGGCCACGCUAAUUGCUAACCACAUCACGGCUAAGCAACACACCAUUGCAGGGACCUCAAUUGGACACGUUCUAGUUGAACUCCUCCCCACGCGCAGGCAUUCCCCCAGUCUUUUCGUACUUAAUAUAUACAGCCCUCCCAGUCACCGUAAAGACGCAUUUGAACGCAUAUUCUCGAGUGCUUUAACCUUAUCCCAACAAAAUCUUCUCAUUGUUGGCGAUUUCAACGCCCCACAUCAGGCUUGGGGCUAUCCCAAGGCCACGGCCAAGGGAAAUCGGCUAUACGAAACGAUAUGUCAACAUCAGCUCACCACCCUUACCGAUCCCUCUUGCCCGACGCGAACAGGAAACAGCAUCACAAGGGACACUUGUCCCGAUCUCGCCUUCGUAAAAUUCACCCCUCACGCGGAAUGGACGAACACAGAGGAAACCCUCGGGAGUGAUCAUUCCAUAAUUGAAAUUGAAAUCGCUCUCAAUUCGCAAAGAAAAGCCCUUCGGAAGCAGGCGCUUACUGACUGGGACGCCUUCCGAAAAGCGCGAAAGGACAAAAACUCCCCCUCACCUCCAGACUUCGAAUCUUGGCUCCAGCAACUAUGCGUGGACGCUAAAGAACACACAAAAUUACUUACCCUCACCCCAGAUACCCCAGCAGUAGAUCCAUACCUUCUCCAUCUCUGGGAGGCCAGGCGAGGCCUCCUUAAACGAUGGCGCCGCCAAAGGCUUAACCGCAAACUUAAAUUAAAAAUUGCUACACUGACAGAGGAGGCGUUCCAAUAUGCCUCCAAAUUAGCGCAAUCCAACUGGCACCAGGUGUGUGACAGGUUUCAGGGCACGUUGAGCACCGCGCGCACGUGGUCCUUCCUGCGGCACCUGCUCGAUCCCACCAAAGGCAAACGGCACUCAAGCCAGAUGCUCCGUAAAAUAAUCCACGAUCACCCCGGCACGAACGCUGAUAUUCUUCGGGACCUCACCGAGAGAUACAUUGGCCCAGCGAUCAACACAGACUACCCCAACUACAGGGGGUCCGCCAAUCCCGACCUGGACAGACCUUUCACGACAACGGAGAUCACCCAUGCUGUGCUUACCCUCACGAGAAACACGGCCCCUGGUAAAGAUGGAAUCCAGAACCGCCUCCUUCGCAACCUCGAUCCUGACUCUCUUGAAGACCUCACCACGUACUUCAACCAGAUCUGGGAAACCCACAAACUCCCGGAAGACUGGAAACAUGCUGAGAUUGUUCUAAUCCCAAAGCCCGGCAAACCACCCAGCCUGAACAACCUACGGCCUAUCUCCCUUACAUCAUGUCUCGGGAAACUGUUCGAGCACGUUGUGCUUAACCGUCUACAGCCCUUCCUCGAAGACACAGAAGCCUUCCCACACACCAUGUUUGGAUUCAGAGCCCACCUGUCCGCUCAAGACGUGCUUCUACAACUCAAAGAAGACCUCAUAGAUAAUAUAUCCUCCUGCAGCACCCAAGCUCUCCUCGCUCUAGACAUUAAAGGAGCUUUCGAUAACGUCAGCCACACCCUAAUUCUUCAGAACCUAGCCUCCACAGACUGCGGAGAGAAGACUUACAACUACAUAUGUAACUUCCUUGGCAACCGCACAGCGACCAUUGGCAUAGAUUCCAUCCGAACGGACCCUCUACCCGUCCCCAACAAGGGCACCCCACAGGGCUCCGUUCUCUCCCCCACACUGUUCAAUCUGGCCAUGCGCAAGCUGCCCGAACAGUUGGAGGAAAUCCCGCACAUCAGACACACCCUAUACGCAGACGAUCUCACCAUUUGGACCACCUCGGGGUCGGAGGGCUCCAAACAAGACGCACUACAAACCGCGGUAGACACCGUCCAACGAUAUCUUACUUCGGGCAACUUGCAAUGCUCGGCCGAGAAAUCAGAGCUACUCCUCCUGCAUCGCCGAAACAAGCGGCACCCCGACCAGAAUAGCAAUAUCGAACUCUACCUUGAUGGCAGCAUCCCCAUCCCGACGGUGCCAAGGCUCCGGGUACUUGGCCUCCAUCUGCAGGCAGACGGUAGGGCAAACUACACCAUACAAACCCUCCAAAAAACAGUCACCCAAAUCAUGCGCAUGGUGGGACGCAUCACAAACCGCAAACACGGGCUCAAGGAGACCGACGUGAUCCAGCUCACCCAGGCUCUCAUCACCAGCCGCAUCACCUAUUCCAUCCCAUACCUCAACUUAAACCAGGGUGAGAAGAACAGAAUAAAUAUCCUUAUCCGCAAAGCCUUCAAGAUUGCUCUGGGCCUGCCACUUUACGCCGCCACAGAUAAGCUCCUAGCCAUGGGCGUACAUAACACCCUUCAAGAGCUCAUACAGGCACACCUAGCCAGCCAGCAAGAACGGCUGGCCCUCACCCCCACCGGCCGCACAGUCCUCCAUAACUUACACUUCCCGAUACCCAGCUCGGUGCGGAACACGGUUCGCCUACCAACGGCCAUACGAGACCACAUUCAAGUGGCCCCGAUCCCCAAGAACAUGCAUCCCAUCCUUCACUCCGGCCGCCGCAUUGCCCGAGCUCGGGCCCUCCAACACAAAUAUAGCAGCAAGGCAGACACCCGUUUUACUGACGCUGCCAUGUACUCGGAUCAACCAGCGGCCGCAGUCAGCGUGAUAGACCACGAUCUAAAGACGGUAGUUACGGCCUCCAUCCGCACUAUCAAUCCAGUGGAGGCAGAAGAAACGGCCAUCGCCCUGGCAAUCGCCUCCGGCAAGGAAUACCUCAAUAUCCUCUCCGAUUCCCAAACCGCCCUGCGACGAUUCCGAGCGGGCAGGAUCUCACCAUGCGCUCUGCGCAUCUUAACAGACCUCAAAACCCCGCUUCCAGAAACGACGCUUAUCUGGACUCCUGGCCAUGAAUCUGUAGAUGGAAAUCGGCAAGCCCAUGCCGUAGCCCGAGCCUGUACACACCGGGUGCCACAAACAGAGGACCACAACACAAUUCUCAAAUUUAUUCCCGUACCCAACCAAUACUCUGAAAUCCUAAUUCAUCAACGAGGCGAGAGAUUUAGAUACCCCCCUCCACAUCGGAGCCUAACGCGGGAAGAGGCCGUGAUCUGGCGCCAACUCCAAUCCCACACCUACAGACACCUCGCCCUCCUCCACAAGUUUUAUCCCACUAUGUACCCUGCUAGCUGCCCACAUUGCUCAGGGUACCCCUCCUUAUACCACGUCACGUGGGCCUGCCAAUCCCACCCAUCCCUUCCCCCCAUCUCCUCCCCUUCCCCGGAGACUUGGGAAGCUGCGUUGCUCAGCUCGCACCCGGACGACCAGCGUAGUCUGGUUGAGCGGGCCAAGGCAGCAGCGGCCAGCACUGGAGCCCUGGACUAG